AGCUCAUUAUUUGUACUUUGACUGUUUCAGAUUUUCCGUGAAAAUCAAGAAGGGGAAAGAAAACCCUUUAAAUCAAAACCCUAAUCCCUAAUCCUAUUUUUGUCGUCUUUGAUUGUAGAAAUCAAAGCAAACCCUCAACUGGACGACAUGGGUUCUGAACAGAAUCAAGGAACUAGCUUUUCCCCGUCGGAGCCGAAGCUUUGCGCCAACGGUUGCGGGUUUUUCGGUACGGCAGCGAAUAUGAACCUCUGCUCCAAGUGUUACCGAGACCUACGUGCCGGGGAGGAGCAAGCGGCCAAGGCUAAAGCCGUCAUGGAGAAAUCCCUCAGUGUCAACGCGAAAAACGAGGUCGUCGUUGAAGCGAUUAAGCCGGUCGAGGAGCUGCCUUACGAGGGUUCCUCAUCAACGGCAGUUGAGCACCAACCGGCCGUAGUCCUUUCCGGCGAUGAAAGAUCAGUGCCGAAGUUGUCGAACAGGUGUUUUAUCUGCAGAAAGAAGGUGGGAUUGACUGGGUUCAAGUGCCGUUGCGAGAGUACAUUCUGCGGCGAGCAUCGGUACCCGGAGACACACGAGUGCUCAUUUGAUUUCAAGGGAACCGGACGCGAUGCGAUUGCCAAUGCAAAUCCCGUUAUUAAAGCCGAAAAAGUGGAGAGGUUCUGAAAGUUUGCUUGUGUAUCGUGUUCUUCAAUGGGUUUGCCUUCAUUUUCUUUCCCUUUCAGCUUUGUGAGGGUUCUAUUAGGGUUUAAAAUUCUGUGGGAAAUUGGGUGUUUUUAAUGUUCUUGCUAGUGUUCUAUGGGAAGUUGAAAUGAUUGGGACAGUAAUGGGGUUUGGCUUAGGUUGAUUCAUAAUAAAAUUGGGUCAAUGAAUGUUUCUGGUUUGAUAUU